AUAGAAGGGAAUACCUUGAGAGAGCCGAGGGUUGAAAUACGACGUCGUAGUAAUUAAAGAGUAAAGAACCUCUAGAAAACCCUAAACCCACAUUUCAGUUUCAGUUAACUCACUACCCCUCUUUUUCCUCCUCUCGGAACGCCCUUCUGUUCCUACUCGAUCUUCAAAUCGCCGAUCUAUCCCGGCGUUAUAACUCCAAGUAUUAAAAAUGUCUCUUCGAGUUCUUAACCCUAAUGCCGAAGUACUUAACAAAUCCGCGGCUCUACACAUGAAUAUCAAUGCUGCUAAGGGCUUACAAGAUGUUCUCAAGAGUAAUCUCGGUCCGAAAGGAACCAUUAAAAUGCUUGUUGGUGGAUCUGGAGAUAUCAAGCUCACCAAGGAUGGUAACACGCUGCUCAAAGAGAUGCAAAUUCAAAACCCAACUGCAAUAAUGAUUGCACGAACUGCUGUUGCUCAAGAUGAUAUUAGUGGGGACGGUACUACUUCAACUGUAAUCUUUAUUGGCGAGCUAAUGAAGCAGUCUGAACGCUACAUUGAUGAAGGAAUGCAUCCACGACUUUUGGUUGAUGGUUUUGAAAUUGCAAAGAAAGCGACAUUGCAAUUUCUUGAAAAAUUUAAGACUCCAGUAGUGAUGGGUAAUGAACCUGAUAGAGAAAUAUUGAAGAUGGUAGCCAGAACAACAUUGAGAACAAAGCUGUAUGAAGCAUUGGCAGAUCAAUUGACAGAUAUUGUUGUAAAUGCGGUGCUUUGCAUUCGAAAGCCUGAAGAAGCUGUUGAUCUGUUUAUGGUUGAGAUUAUGCACAUGAGGCACAAGUUUGAUGUCGACACUCGACUAGUUGAGGGUCUCGUCCUUGACCAUGGCUCAAGACAUCCAGAUAUGAAGCGACGUGCAGAGAACUGUUAUAUGUUGACUUGCAAUGUAUCAUUAGAGUAUGAGAAAAGUGAAAUAAAUGCAGGAUUUUUCUACUCAAAUGCAGAACAAAGAGAAGCAAUGGUUGCAGCAGAAAGGCGUUCUGUUGAUGAGAGAGUUAAGAAAAUUAUUGAAUUAAAGAAUAAGGUUUGUGCAGGUACUGAUAACAAUUUUGUUGUCAUCAACCAAAAAGGAAUUGAUCCCCCGUCAUUGGACCUUCUUGCUAGGGCAGGGAUUAUUGCCCUCCGAAGAGCAAAGAGAAGGAAUAUGGAAAGAUUAAUUUUGGCUUGUGGCGGGGAUGCUGUUAAUUCAGUUGAUGAGUUGACUCCAGACUGUCUUGGUUGGGCUGGGCUGGUGUAUGAGCAUGUCCUUGGCGAAGAGAAGUACACGUUUGUAGAGAAUGUAAAGAACCCUCACUCUUGUACAAUUUUAAUCAAAGGGCCUAACGAUCAUACCAUUGCCCAAAUUAAGGAUGCUGUUCGUGAUGGACUAAGAGCUGUUAAAAACACCAUUGAGGAUGAGUCAGUUGUACUCGGGGCAGGGGCUUUUGAAGUUGCAGCCAGACAGCACUUACUCAACGACGUGAAGAAAACUGUUCAAGGGCGUGCACAGCUUGGCGUUGAAGCUUUUGCUAAUGCUCUACUUGUGGUGCCCAAGACACUUGCUGAAAACUCUGGCCUUGACACCCAGGAUGUCAUCAUUUCUCUCACGGGGGAGCAUGACAAGGGGAAUGUCGUGGGACUGAACCAGCACACUGGUGAACCUAUUGACCCUCAGAUGGAAGGAAUUUUUGACAACUACUCGGUGAAACGACAAAUUAUCAACUCAGGGCCUGUCAUCACAUCUCAGCUGUUACUGGUGGAUGAAGUAAUUCGUGCAGGGCGAAACAUGCGGAAACCAACCUAAUUGUUUUGUUACUUUUUGUACUUCUUCCAUGUGGAUGUUUAUUUAAAGCAAUUUCUAGAUGUAUACUUGGAUCCCAUAAUUUGUGAAUGCUGAUGAUUCCGAAUUUUGUUAUUUCUCUUUGUUUGAUACACACUAGUUCUCCGUUUUGGAUGCCAAAUUUGAGCAGUAUGCAAUUUUUUACCCCCUUCCAUUUCA